CAAGCUGUUCAGAAAGCGCGGGGAGGGGGGGAUAGGAAGCUGGCAUACCUCCAGCAGGGGUGACACCCCAGGAAGGCGUGUCAAGCUGGCAGCGGCUUGGCUUCCGGAGGAGGACUCUGAACAGAAACAGCUAUCCGACAGGGUGGUUUUGAGGGCUCCACUGGGGCACUGCUGAGUUGGUCCAAAUUUGACUUUAAGCGGGAACGCGGCAGGUGUGGAGUCCCUCCGGGAGGCGGAAGCAUUAAGACUGCACUAAGGAAGGGGACUCAGGACACCGGGGACCUACUCCAACCUGUCGUACAUUGUCAUCGAGGCAGAAGACCGUGGUCUGGGAGCGACAGGAGACUGAUACUACAGAAACUGAGCACAGGAUAGACUGGGCGAGCGCCCCUCGCGAUCAGGAUCACGUAGACUCCAGUGAGCUGUAGCAAGGCAGGAGGAAGCAGGAGAAUCCCAGAAUCACAGAUUGGACUUCCUGGAACUCAGGGAUUUGAAGAAAGGGUGUGAAUCACUGGACUCUUCCAUCAAAAACAGAGGGUACCAAGAGACUGAAGCAAAAGGACAGGGAGAUCACGGCCAUUCUGAGAUACGUAGCAGGAGCCUGUCUUGAAACAAAACAAAAACAGAGAAGUAUGGAUAAAUUGGGACAGAUCAUCAAGUUAGGCAGGUUCAUCUAUGAACAGUGUGAAAAGAUGAAAUACUGCAAAAAACAGUGCCAGCGUCUAGGAAACCGCGUGCGCAGCCUGCUACAGCCUCUCCAGAGGCUCCAGGCCCAAGGAAAGAAGAACUUGCCGGAUGAUGUUACUGCUGCCUUGGGCCGUUUUGAGGAAGUCCUGAAGGAGGCUAACCAGCAGAUAGAAAAGUUCAGCAAGAAGUCCAAUAUUUGGAGGUUUGUAACUGUGGGCAAUGAUAAGAUCCUCUUCCAUGAAGUAAAUGAGAAGCUGAGAGACAUCUGGGAGGUGCUCUUGCUGCUGCUUCAGGUUUAUCAAUGGAAUACCGUUUCAGACGUCAGCCAACCAGCAUCCUGGCAGGAGGAAGAUCGACAGGAUGCCGAGGAAGACGGAAAUGAAAAUAUAAAAGUUAUUCUGAUGCAGUUACAAAUUAGCGUGGAAGAAAUCAACAAAACCCUGAAGCAAUGCUCACUAAAACCUACACAGGAGAUUCCACAAGAUCUCCAAAUCAAGGAGAUUCUGAAGGAACAUCUUGGAACUCCAUGGACCAAACUGAAGACAACUAAAAUGAGCACGAUUUAUAGAGGAGAGUAUUACAAAUCUCCAGUCACCAUCAAAGUAUUCAACAACCCCCAGGCCAAAAGUAUUGGAGCAGUAAGGCUCACUUUCAGUGAGGAGAUCAAAACCAUGAAGAAAUUCGAUUCUCCCAACAUCUUGCGUAUAUUUGGGAUUUGCAUCGAUCAAACGGUGAAGCCCCCCGAGUUCUCCAUUGUCAUGGAGUACUGUGAACUUGGAUCCCUGAGGGAACUGCUGGAUAGAGAACAGGACCUCACAAUGAGUGUGCGCAGCCUCCUAGUCCUGAGGGCAGCCAGAGGCUUGUAUAGGCUACACCAUUCGGAAACACUCCACAGAAACAUCAGCAGCUCCAGCUUCCUGGUCGCUGGAGGCUACCAAGUAAAGCUUGCAGGAUUUGAGUUAAGCAAAACACAGACUUCCAUCAGCCGGGCAACAAUGAGCACUAAAGCAGAGAGAUUCAGUUCGGCAGCAUAUGAAGCCCCUGAGAGGUUGAAAGAUCCAUUUCGUAAAUAUGACAUAAAUGCUGAAAUAUAUAGCUUUGGAAUUGUACUCUGGGAAAUUGCCACUGGAAAGAUCCCAUUUGAAGGUUGUGAUUCUAAGAAGAUCUACAAGGUGGUGGCUGAGGACAAGAAGCAGGAGUCAUUGGGUCAGGAUUGCCCCGAGUUGUUGCGGGAGAUCAUUAAUGAGUGCCGGGCCCAGGAACCCUCCCAACGGCCCUCUGUGGAUGGAGUCUUGGAGAGACUGUCUGCAGUUGAAGAAUCCACGGACAGGAAGGUGUGAGAGGACAAACUGGACAUUUGUCCUUCAUAUCUGUUAGCAGCAUCAACUUACUGCUGGGUGCAGAAAUCUUCGUUUUCCCUUGCUUGCUUGCUUUUUUUCUGUCUUUCUUUUCCUUGAGAUGGGAUUUCACCAUGUAGCCCCUGCAAGCCUGGAACUUGCUAUGUAGAACAGGCUGUAUAAAUAAUAAACUGAUAUUGCCAAUUAAAAAAAAAAAAGAACAGGCUGGCUCAAACGCAAAGAAAUCUUCCAAUUCUGCCUCCUGAAUGCUGGGAAUAAAGGCAUAGACCGCCAAACCUGUCAAGGUUAUUAUUUGUUACAAAUAAACAAUUCCAUGGGACCGGAGACAUGGCUCUGUAGGUAAGAGCACUGGCUGUUCUUUCAGAGGACUUGGGUUCAGUUCCCAGCAACCACAUGGCAGCUUACAACUAUCUGUAGCUCCUGUUCCAGGGAACCCGACAUUUGCACACAGACAUCAUAUGCAGGCAAAAUUCCAAUGUACAUGAAAUAAAAAUAAAUAAAUUGUUCCCCCCAAAAUUUUUAAAAACUAAACAAUUCCAUCCCAGUGUAGUAGUACACACCUUUGAUCCCAGCACUUGGGAGGCAGAGGCAGGAGGAUAUCUGUUUGAGGCUAUCCUGGUCUACAAGAUCAAGUUCUGUACAAUAGAGAGACUCAUCUAAAAAAAAAAAAAA